AUGCCAUCCAGCUCUCCAGCGGGAAGCACGAUGGGCGUAGGCUACAGAGUUCUCCUUGUUCUGUCCCUCUGGGUGAUGACUGCAGAGGCCUUUCCCAAAGGCGCCCUGAGGACAAAAUGCCACCUCGCAAAAUACAAGUCCCUGCCACCCCGGGAACUGGAGGCCUUCAAGAAAACCAAGGACAAAUUUGAGGACAUAUUGCUGUUGUCCGACCGAAAAUGCAACACCAGGAUUUUCCACCGGAACUGGGAAGUCAAAGAGUUGUCGUCUAUCCAAGCUGCUGCCAAGGCCGCUGGAAAUCCUGUCGCAGAUCAGAGAGGACUUGAGACGCUGCACCAGGCAAACGCCUUCUCAUUCACACUCCAAGAGGCUGAACAGUUGGCUCCAAAAUUUGCAGGCGAGCAAAGAGACGGAAGCAUGAUGGGCGUAGGCUACAGAGUUCUCCUUGUUCUGUCCCUCUGGGUGAUGACUGCAGAGGCCUUUCCCAAAGGCGCCCUGAGGACAAAAUGCCACCUCGCAAAAUACAAGUCCCUGCCACCCCGGGAACUGGAGGCCUUCAAGAAAACCAAGGACAAAUUUGAGGACAUCUUGCUAUUGUCCGACCGAAAAUGCAACACCAGGAUUUUCCACAGGAACUGGGAAGUCAAAGAGUUGUCGGUGCACGACAGGGUGAUCCUGGUAGAGAAAGAGCUGGACUUCACCAUUAACACGUUGGAGGAUGUUGAGGACCCCAGUCUAUCCAAGCUGCUGCCAAGGCCGCUGGAAAUCCUGUCGCAGAUCAGAGAGGACUUGAGACGCUGCACCAGGCAAACGCCUUCUCAUUCACACUCCAAGAGGCUGAACAGUUGGCUCCAAAAUUUGCAGGCGAGCAAAGAGAUGGAAUCACCUGCAUGUCUGGAAGCUUCUGUGAUCCUCAACCUCUUCCGACUGCUGAAUGAAGAUUUGAGAUGCGCCGCCUACACGGAACUUUGCGUGUAGCCGUCUGGUCUCUGUGAUACCUUGUGUUCACACCUACUUAGCCACCGGAGCGUCCCUAGACAAGGAGCACUGAAUAUUCAUCCCAAGAAGACAUCUCUGAAUCAGGAACCUUCAUCAUCUUAUUCUUGCUUCCCACUAUACAUCCCCGAGCAAACUGAUUCCAUCCUUACAUACCUAAAAAAGUCACACAACAGCUGGUCUCUGCUCCAGCUUGCUCCCGUUUCCAGCUGGUGCAGCAUUCUCGACUACUUGACAAAUAUUCAUUGGAGGAUUUUUUUUUCAUCACAGUUCAAAUCUGAGAGUUCGGUAGGAUUUGACCCACACAGGAUAUUAUUUAUUGAAUGCCUUUUUAUUGUCACUAUGCAAAUGGAUUUUAGUCAAAUGCAUAUCCAAAAAUACUGGGAACAUUUCAUAAGCUUUCAUUUUGUUUUAAAUGCACCCCGGUUCUGGGAUUUACACACUGUGGUCACAGCUCUUAGCUCUCUCAGAAACAAGCUCAGGAAAAUGAAUUAAUAUUGAAGUUUGGCAGUUCUUAAUAUAUUCAUCCUCUACAGAUGUAUUUAUACAGAGUAUAUUUUUAUCUUGCUGUUUCUUUAUGUAUUAUGUAUUCUUUAAGAAGAGUAAUUGAUUUGUAUAACUUCCAGAUAUGAACCUAAAUGUUAUUUAUUAUGGAUAAUUUAUUAGCUAUUUAUUUUGAUGUAUUUCACCAUUGCUAAGUUUGUAUUUUUUAUAUAUAUAAUUAUGAACAAAUAAAAUUG